CAGUUGGCAGUUUGGGAAAGCCUACACACUUAUUCUUUCGAUAGAUACACUUAUUUUGCAAAACCGUAAAUUAACAGUAUGUCCAAGCGGGUGAGCAUCAUGUUGCCCGACGAAAUGCCUGCGGCUCCGUCACGCAGCAGGAGGAACCCGAUGCCCAGCCGCACGCUCAAAAGUUCCAUCAAAAGCGGAUCAGGCGCUCGGACGCAACUUGCAGCGCCAGUGUUCGUGGUUGUCAACCCGGAGAGCAGCCAAAGCUCACUUACCUCGGGUCAGCGGAACAACACCAGCACGGCCAGCAACAGUUCCCUAAACCAACGAAAUAAGGAGGACUCCGCGGAGAGGUUGUCAGUGAGCGAAGAUACGGCAGCCGUGGACAGCAGCGCCUUGCUUCAAAGUGGAUCCUCAAACUCUCGUGAUACAGUUAACUUCGAUUCGACCUCCACCUCGAUCAGGACGUUCCUUAAGAACACAGUGGCCCUGGUCAGGGCAGGAGAGUCCUUCACAUCUGUAAAACAUCUCUUUCACAAGUUCAUCAAACGCAGCGGCUCUGUGUCAAAUUCCAAGCCUUCGCUGACAUCCUCCUGCUCCCAGGCGGUAGGCGAGGAGAAUCCCUACAUGAGCAAGUCCAAUGACAAGCUUCUGACGGACUCGCCCAUCCGCACUACUGUGCCCAGCACCUCCCAGAUGACGCCCGCCUCACAUUUCUCCAACUACUCAUUCAAUAACACGAACUACGACCUUUCCAACCUCCUCUCUGACAUCACCCCUCUGACUGGCUACACGCCAGUGGGUCUCACUGAGGAGGCUGACUACCGAACAGACACUUCCGCAAACGCCGCGUUGAACAGUGUGACUUGCAAUUUGGCAAGCUCGUCGGAGAAUCCUCUGGGAAGCGGAUUCGACAACAGUCACUCGAAGAUUUCUACCGAUCUGGAGAAGAUAGCGGACACACUAGGACGUCCCACCUCGAGAAAUCGCUCCAGCAGCAAAUCUUUCCGCCACAAACUUAAGACAUCGCGCUCUAGUUCACCCAGAAAGUCGCCCAAGAUGUCACCUCGAAACAAGCAGUCAGCACCUGCAAUGGGGCCCAUAUUUACAAUGGUUAGUUCAUCUGGGCCUAACUCUGCUGAGGGAUCGCGGCGCUCGAGCCGAUCGAGCCUGAGACGAAAGCAAAGUCCGUUACCCAAGGUGACUGCCAAAAUCUCGGCCACCUCUAAUUCAAGAGCGGACUUGGCUAAAGCGACCAAGUCCAGGAAAGAAACCUCCCCUCGAUCAAACCGAUCAAGAAGGAGCUUCCGCCGGAGUUCACCCAGACGCCGAAGUCGAGGUUCUCGGGCGAACGCCUUGGAGAGCCCCCUCCAAAAGAGCGAGGACACCACCGCCAAUGUAGAGUACGCCUUCGCUCUGGUCAGCCCUGAGGAGGCGGGGAACAGCCAGCCUGAAGAAAGUAGUGCCGGUGUCGAGGAUGCCUCCUCCAGGUGCCAGACAUACCAGAAGGAUUGCAACUGCCACCAUUGCCAGGACAUGCGUCGGGCGGUCAAGAGGGCCGACUUUUUCAAAUCGCCCGAGGGAAAGAAGCGGCUUGAGGCGAAGCUACUGGCCAAGAACUUCUUCAUGGACCUCUGCGUAGCGUCGGAAGUGCGCCGACAGGUUCAGUCCGAGCUGCACGGGACCCGCCGUCCUCCAUCAGCGCGCCUCAGUUACCCGGUGAGCAUCUGUGGAGCGUGCAGGCUGAGCGGAGGCUCCCUGUCGUUGCAAUGGAUCACCCAUGACCUUGACAGCGUGGACCACUUCGACGUUUUUGUGGACAACGUGCCGAACCGUAGUGUCUACAACCGGCAGGCCACCUCCACCGUGCUCGUCGACGUGAACACCACCGAGACGCACACGCUGCGCCUGCGAGCGGUGCCGGAGCGUGGGAGCCGUGGUCAGGACUCCUCGGUGGACAAAUUCAUGUCGGAGGUGGCGGCCGGGCAUAUGCGCCACGUCAGGCAGGGCCAGCUCUUCGCCACGUGCUUCGCGCACCUGGACGCCCGGCCGCAACAGCGUUCGCUGGUGGACUUCUGGACGGACAGCGAGUUCUUGUACAUGCCCACCCGCGACACUCUAGCGCCGUCAAAGGCUCGCUGACUGGCGAAAAUAAAAUGAUUUAU